AUGUUGCCGCUUGCUGUGGCCAUGGGAGCCAUGGUGCAAGUCGGAGAUGUUCAUUCAGAAAGCAUCUCCAUGUUGGAGGAGUUGGAUUUGCACCGUGCUGCCUUGUUGCAGGACAGUUCGUACCCAGCAGAUGAGCUUCAUGAUGUGUCUUUGCGAUGCUGGACUGUGGCCAUGGAUCCCCACAGUGAUCCGGAGGUUCAGUGGCGAUGCCGCUUCAUUCUCGUGUUCCUUUUCGGCCAGGGCCAGCUGGUGCAGUUUCCGGAACAAAGUUGCGAGCAAUGGGCCUUCUUGUCCAUGCCGGACAGGGUGCUGCGCGCGAUGGACCAAGAGAUGAUGGGACGCUUCUACCGUCCAGGGCAGGAGUAUCAGCUUCCAGACAUUCCGCCAAGCAGCGAAGUUUGGAUUGUUGGGGCCUUUUCGUCUGGGCCACAUGAAGUUGGCCAAAUUCUGCGGCGGAAGCCUUCGAGGAUCCAUUUCUUCGAGCCAAUCACGGAGUUUUUUGAGCAAUUGAAGCUGCAGUGGCACAGUCGCGAGUACGCGCAGCUGCACAACUAUGGUCUCGGUCGGGCGCGAGAGCACGGUGAGAUGUUCAUGGCCUCUGAGGGGAGCUCACUCUUCCAACCCAUGGAGUUCUCGGCAAAACGCCUUUUCUUAGAUUCUGUGAGCGACCCGGAGCACGGGAGGCUCCGUGAACGUCGCACCCAUGUGCGUGUGGAGGAUGCAGAGGUGGUAUGGAGAAUUCUUUCCACGGAGGACCUGGGUCUGCUGCACAUGAAUUGCGAGGGCUGUGAGUACGAAGUGAUCCCACAGCUUGCCGCUGCGGGGCUGCUGGACAGGAUCCAGGCCAUCUUUGUGGCCCCGCAUCUGGUGCUCAACGAUGAUGAAGCCGCCGAGCUCUGCGAUGCAUCUUCCGGCACUUGUCAGAAGCUGCUUUCGCUGGGGCCCAGCGAUACUGUGACGCCUUUCAGAGGGUUCUGGAAGACACUCACGUGA